AUAUAUUUGUUUGCAUUAAAUGUAGAUGGUGCCUAUGAAGUUUUUGUUAUUAAUUCUGAGAUUUAAUGAAUGGAGGAAUUAAAAGUGGUUUGUUUGUUGUUUAAAACAUAACAAGUAGAUUUCAGACACAAGUUGGCUGAAAUAAGUUGUACUUAUAUGGAAAGCUGUUUAUGUUGGUAGAAAUAUGUUAAAAUGGCAAGUAUCUACUCCUUCAAGUAAAUCUACACCGAAAAGCGACGACUGUGACAUUUCGCCAUCUGUGACAAAUGAAAAUUAUCGUUUUUCAUACGAUGCUCGAGAUAUAGAGAAAAUUGUCACGAGUAAUCUAAACAACACAAAUGAUGAAGAAAAAACUCCACGUGGUCGACUGAUCUUCCAAUUGGAGGACAGCGAUGAAGACACAUUAGUGGAUGAGCAAGAAAAACAGCAACAUAACACGCAAUUUGAUUGGUUAACCGAGAAUUUCUUAAACAGUGUUUACCUUGAUUGUUCAAUUGGAAAGUGCUCUCAUGUAGAAAACGCAUUAAAUGAAGUACGUCAAUGGAUUCAGACUGUGUUGGACAUUGUUCUUCCAAAUGGUGAUUUGAUAAGUCACCUAAAAGAUGGAGUUGUAUUGUUACAAUUUAUUAAGAAGAUAUUUGGAGACAACUAUUACACUAGGUUAAUGAAGAAAAUGCAUUUUUCGUCAAAACAGGAGAAUCUAACAACAUUUCGGAAAGUAUGCAAGAAAAUUGGUUUGACGGAAAAUCAACUAUUCGAUGAAAGCGAUUUGGAGUAUGUAGCGCGUGUGGUGGAAUACAGUUUAUAUGAACAAGAAUGGAACUUGAGGUUACGUAAGAUCCUGCUUGCUUUUUACUGGUUGGCAAAAACAUUGAAAGAACUGAAGAAAUAUGAUAGAUUCAUAUCUGGUUUUAAUUUUGAUUCGUUUUAUGGAUUGAUAAACACAGAAAAACACGAAAAUAUUAUUUUUCUUGACGAAAAAUCCUUAGAGAUGCUUCAUAAGCCUUCUCAAUACCAAAAUUGCUCCUCACUAAAGAAACAUAAAAAAGUUGUGAAAUUUCAUGAUCAUGUGCUGCAGCAUUGUUGUUCUGUUGAAAAUAUUGCUAAACCGUAUUUUCGCAUCGUCAGGAAAGAUGCUCCACCAAAGUACAACGAGUUUCUUGCAAUGAAGAAUGCCACAUCACCGACACAGCAGAGCUCUCCACAACGUGUUCAGUUUGUAACAUUCUCACCCAGAUCUUAUCUCUUUCCGGAGAAGGAGGAGGUUAAAGAUUUAAACAACAACCACGUGAAAAAGACGCACUUCUUUUCAAGAAGCCCGAAACCUAAAAAAGCAAGUGCCGGCAAGCAUAUAAACAAAGGUCACAAUCUUCAGUUACCCCUCACACCAGGGGGGACAUUAGAUGAAGGGUACUCAACGGCAAGUCAAAAUGGAGGCACGCCAAGUUCACUGGUGUCACCGACUUUCUCUGUUUCCAUAGUACCCUCUCCUAGCACCGCAACAUCCCAACACCUAUCGCCCAAUAUCGAGCAAUCUUAUGAAAACGUGUACGAUAUAGACCAUAGUAUUAGCAGGACAGAAUCACCUUAUUCUACGCUUAGCAGAUAUGAAGAGAGUAACAAUGAUCGAGAUAAAAUGAAUAGUAUUAACACAAGUAAAAUAUCAUUCCUUGGGCAACAUAAAACCGAUCGAGACAAAAUGAAUAAUAUCAGCACCAGCGCAACAUCACUCAUCGGCCAACAUAAAACUGAUCGAAAUAAAAUGAACAGUGUGAGUAAAAAAGAAAUUAAGGAGCUUAAUGUUUUGCUGUCGAUGUUAGACGAAGAAAAGAUUGAAGUCUCAAGUAAUACAAGUGAUGACAGUUUAGUGCCAGCUUCUCCGAUGUCACCUGUCAUGCCAGGAUUAACUCUGUCUCCUGCUUGUACGCCAUUAUCCAUGACGCCUUUGAAGAUCGAAGAAGAUCAGUGGAAAAAAGAUUCAAUUAGUAGUUACUCGACUGGAACGACAUUAACAACGAGAAGACGGCGUUCCAUUGACUUAGAUGACAUCGUAAACGAAUUACUUUCUGUGGGAAGUGACAAAAACAAGAGUAAAGAGCAGUUUUAUGAUGCAGAAAAACAAUUUAAUUUAAUCGCAGAUAGUACGAACAAGGAAGAAGAGGUAUAUUUAAAGCCAGCAUCUUGUGAAGGUUUAAGCUAUACAUCGAGCGUUUAUUAUGAGAGUAGCGAAGAAAGUUGUUCGGGUGAUUAUGAGAUUGUGAUUGAAGAAGGCCACGAUUCAGGUAUUGAUGAUACCAUGCCGGGUAUUAUGAGAGAAACAGAUAAAAAGUCUAAAAAGAAGAAAGAGAAGAACCUAAAACAGGAUAAAAAGGAAAAUAAAAAACAUAAAAACAAAAGUAAUGAUAAAAAUAUCGAUAAACAUAAGCACAAAGAGGAGUCUCGCCGAUCAGAAUCAGAGUCUAGAACAUCUCGUAAACACGACAGAAAUGGAGAUGCAAGAUCUGUGUCUGUUCCAAGAAACAAUUAUCACCCAAGUCAUCAUGUCCAGACGAAUGGUUCUCGAGAUCGGCAUCACGAAGAAAUUAAUGGACGAAACGGUCGAGCAAAGGAGCGCCGGUCUGAACCACCUAUGUCUGGCAAACCACCGCUAAAUAAAGAAAAACUGGAGAAACGACGAUCCGAGCCUAUUGUAACUAGUAAAUCGAGACGUGGAAAUGACAUUGAUGUUGGCAUGGUUGGAGAAUAUAGAAGACAUACAGACGGAUCAUCAAACUUUAAAUAUAGCAAAAAAAUUGAGAAAUUCGUAGAGGGACCAAAAGUUGUUAUACCACAACAACAACCAAAAUAUAAUAAUGUUCAAUUAACACCGAAUGAGAAUGUUAUAUUUCAAAGGAAUAAUUCAGUUCAUAUUAACCCAUCUUCAAAAGAAUAUGUCUGGGACACGGCAGAUGGUAAGCAUAGAGUUUAUGUCCGAUCAAAAGAUGAAGAUCCAGGACCAUUGCCUAGGAAAAAGAAGCUGGAAAAGUAUGAUCGCAAUGUUAGGGACAUGGUCAGGGGCGUCAACACAAAGGAUCAACUAACAGAACAAUUUGGGGUAUCACCAGAGAUUAUAAAAAUGCUGCAGGAAGAAGAAAAGUUUUGGCAAAAACAACAAGAACUAAGAAAAUGGCGAGAAUCGCAUGAGAAACAAACAAAGUAUCAAAAUAUGAAAUUAUCACCAAAUAGGGAGAGACGUGAGUAUACGCGAUUAAAGCAGCAUCAAUUAAGAACUAGAGAACAACAAAGAGAGGAGGAGGAGAAUGAAAUGGCAAGAGAAGCAGAAAGAUAUAUGAAAAUUAGAGCAGAACAAGAGUUGGUGUUAAAAACAUCUCGCGAGAAUCUACUACGUGAUGACAACGAAGAUUACAAACUAAACAUAAAGCGUUCAAUGCGUGAUAAGAAUAAAAACCUUUCCGAUAUCAAUACACACUACCAAUCACAACAUUCACGAAAUAGCGACUUUCAACAGCCAAACGUUUCACAUAGUAUACAGAACACAUCUGACAUCGAUUACCAAAAGACCUUGCAUAACCACUCUCCGGUAGAUCACAAUUCUAACACAAAAUACAGAAACGAUGGCCAAACGAGAUCAAAUGAUGGUGUUGGAUAUAAGUAUCAACACUCUUACCAUUCAGACAAUUCAAGAUACAACAGCUCUGGUAGUAAGCCAACAUCGCCUGAAAGCUUACGUCCAAACAAAUGGAGUGGUAGGACUUCAUCUCAUGAAAGUUCUAGGAACAAUAGCAUGGGCAGUAAACCACCUUCACUAGACAUUACUGAUAGUGGCAAUGUACACAAUGGACGUAUGUCAAAUGAUAAGCGUAAUCAAACUUUAAAUGUAAAUAAAACACAUGCAAAUAAACCUUCAACAAGACCAGCUUGUUUUUCGGAUGAUGAUGAAGUUUUUUAUGAAAGCAGAAGGAAGAGUAACUUCACGCAUCAAACUGAUCAUCGUGGGUACUUCUCAGAUCAUGAAAGUUUUCGUGAUCUUAAUUCAGAAAAGACCUAUCUAGCACGUCCUCUUAUCAGACAAAGAAAAGCUCAGUUACGUUGCACCUCCUGCUGCAAGAUGAUUAGUGACGAACGCUUAAUGCAUGUGGACGGACAAAACUUUUACUGGCAUUUAAAAUGCUUUCUCUGCGUGGUAUGCAGAGCUUAUUUAAAUGAUAGACAUGCUAUACGAGUUCGUAUUGUUAAUUAUGAACUACAUUGUCGAUUUUGCUUCUCGGCUCAAAACGGUGAACAGCUCUCCGAGGUAUGAUGUUGAAGAAAGAAACACUUGAAAAUUGUAUAUAUGAAAUGUAAUAUAAAAAUAAUAGCUUUACUCUAAUGUU